AUGAUGAUGAUCCAGAGGGCCGCAAAUUGCUUUCGCCAUGUUCUCAAGCCCAGAAGCUUGAACGGUAAUAAUUGUCCACGCUCCGCCGCCACCAGGUCAUUUGCCUCCAGCAAUGGACUGGCCGGUGAUCGGCUGCCGGUGCUUCGGACACUGCUUGAGAAUCGUCGGGAAGGUGAUGCCCCACUGAGAAUCCUGGAGACUCAUUCUGGCCUUUCUGGAUUGGUGGCAGAGCAUGCUGUUGCCUCCAAUGGCCAGAAAUUUGAUGGCAUGUGGUCCAGCAGUCUGACGGCAAGUGCUGUGCGGGGUAUGCCAGAUAUUGAAGUUGUGGAUACAAGCAGCCGAUUAGCACUGGUUCAAGAGACUCUCAAUGUGACAACCAAACCAAUGCUUUAUGAUGGAGACACCGGAGGUCUGCCAGAGAUAUUCCGGUUCACGGUUCGUACAUUGGAGCAGAUGGGUGUAUCAGCUGUCAUAAUUGAGGACAAGGAAGGAUUGAAGCGCAACUCCUUGCUAGAGAACAGUUCCUCUCUUCAUCAACUAUGCCACAUUGAUGAUUUUUGCGACAAGAUUGAGGCUGGGCUCCAAGCUCGCCGAUCCAAUGACUUUAUGAUUUUUGCUCGCAUGGAAUCAUUGAUUGCAGGAAGACCCAUGGAAGAAGCUCUAUCAAGGGCCAUGGCUUGUGUGGAAGCAGGAGCCUCGGGAGUCAUGAUUCACUCUCGUAAAAAGUCACCAGCAGAAGUCCUGCAAUUCAUGACCCAGUUCCGUACCAUUCAUCCAGAUAUUCCAAUCGUGGUGGUCCCAACCUCAUACAACAAAAUUCAUGACCAAGAUCUGGGCCAAGCAGGAGCUUCCAUCUGCAUCUAUGCCAAUCAAAUGCUACGAGCAGCAAUUCCUGCCAUGAUGGGUGUUGCAGAUUCUAUACUGUCUCAUUCAAGGUCCCAUGAGGCCGAAAAGGAUCUGAUGCCAGUCAAAGCAAUCACUAAUCUUAUCAACGACGAGGGAGUAACUUGGGACCGGAAAAUGCCAGUGGAAGAGGACAAGAAACCCCAGGAUGGUAUGCAAGAAAGACUCAAUCCUGACAUGUUGAAGCCCCCCAAGUCGCUACACCGUGCAUUACAGCACAACAUCAAUCAUCACAUGUUGCAAAAUGGAUUUAAAGGCAAAGCCUCCUUCUCUUCUGCAACACGGGAUAUCGACAACGAAAAAGAGAAUGAGACGAAACCAAUGCCGUCUUCUGGGGGUGCAAAAGCAUAG